ACGCGCGGAGGCACAUCAGCGCGCUUCGCGAAGAGAUCCGGCAGGAGGCCGAGCGGGAGAGGCGGCAGCAGGCGCAGCUGGAGGAGCAGCACCGCAGGCUGCGGGAGGAGCUCCGCGAGGUCCGCGAGCGGCCGGAGGAGUACCGCAGGCGGUGGAAGGAGCAGUUCUUGUGGCAGCCGCAGUUCCAGCCCCGACGCAUCCUCGACCCCUCGACGCGGACGAGCUCCUCGGCACCCUGGACCGGACAGGACCUCGCCGCGCUCGAGGCCGCCACGCGCCCGCCGCACGUCGACCGGGACAGCGGGAAGCUCCCCGGGGGCUCGGUGCGGGAGCCCGCGGAGCAGCACCGCAAGACCGGCUCCUCGCUCCCCACCCUCGGCGAGGGGCUCGGCGCGGGGGCGCCGCUGGCACCGGAGGGCGCCCGGCCGCCGCGCCCCCAGGGAGGCCCGGCGGCGAGCGGCUCGUGCGCUCCGUCGACGAUCGCCUCGGUCCCGAGCAGCUGCACCGUCGCGCAGGCCGCGGAGAACUGCGGGAGGGCCUGCGCCAGCGUCUGCAGCUCCUGCCGGAGGGUGGCCGCGCACCCGAGCUCGGGCUCCGUGGCGCGGGCGCCUCGGGAGCUCGAGAAGCGGUGGUCUGUUGCGACGGUUGGAGGAUGGAUGCUUGAUGACCUCAUCAUUGUGGGCGAUAGACUCCUGACUAAACUCCAGCAGAGGCUGGAGGCAGUGUUUUGCGACGGCGGCGACGUCACCAUAAACUUGGGAGCCGAACUCACGAUGUUGUACUUUGUGUUUGGAAUCAAGCUUGCGGCUGGAUGUGAGGACGGCGAUUUCAACGCUCACGUAAUCGGCUACGCCACGGGCAGAAUUCCGAUUCUCUGGACGCCGUUUAAUCCAGUGCCCAUGGUCGAUGGAGUGUUCAGCAUUAAGUGUGACAAGGGGCCGAAUCCUCCGAGUUGGUCGUAUCGGGGAUCUGCUCUUGGCGCCAUGCUUGCGGCCGGCCCUUUCAAGGCUGCCGUGUCUCUGCCGCCCUGGCCAGAAUUCAGUCUCCAGCUCGGCUACACUUUCAAGGGGACCCUAAUUCCCCUGCCGCUGCGUCGAGCCCAAACGGCAGCCACCGAGCCAGAGCUGGAGGGGCCGAAGUCGGUGCUGCCCGUGCUGAAGUCUCUGUCCGGGGCCGUCUCCGACCCCGGCUUCGGGAGCGAGCUGCCAGACCCCAAGCCUAUCCUGGAAGGGGUCCGCAACGCGUCGCUCCAGAAGGCCAAGCUCGAUUGGGACAUCGGUGCCAGGAUCUUCAUCACCGUAACCAAGAACUUCUGUUUCACCUGCGAUGCUUGGGGGGAGGAGCCUGCUUUGGUCACGGGCCUUGUCGGCAUGGCCACCCCGUACAUAUGCCAAAUGAGUGGGGCGACUGCGGGAUCCUCCUGGUGUGCGCUGACUCGCGCCCAGUGCUUCGCCGCGGUGGCAGCUUGGGAGCAGAGCGGAACCACGUGUGCUUGCAUGCUUGGCGACGCGAUGACGUCGGGGGUCUGUUCUGAACAGGCUGGAGCCAGGGCCAGUGAGGGGUCGUCCAACUUCCAGGUCUGCCGGAAUCAGAGAUACACCUGUGAGACUGGGAGCGGAAUCGCGUGCAAGAGCUGUGUCUCGCCGCAGUCGCGAUUGGCGCAAGACCACUGCGAGACCUGUAACGAUGGCUUUCAGCUGGCCGGCUAG